AAGCUUCUUCGGCUGUUUUCUCAUCGUCAAAAAUAGAGAAGUCUCGAAAACAACUCCAGGUCUCGAAUAUCAACCAUUCAGACAUCUCAAGAAAACAUGGCAGCUUUGAUCAAUCGUGUGUGGACAGCAUUCAGCCCUCCUCAGGUCACUAAGCAGAAGGACGCUCUCAAAUUUGGCGUACUGGGCGCUGCCAGUAUUGCCCCCCUAUCUCUGAUCAUCCCAGCAAGAUCUCAUCCCGAGGUAAUCGUUCAAGCUGUCGCCGCACGAGAUCGUUCCAAGGCCGAAGCCUUUGCAAAGACCCAUGGAAUACCAGAAGUCAAGGAUUCAUACCAGGAUAUACUCGACGACCCCAAUAUCGACUGUAUUUUCAUUCCCCUCCCCAACGGCCUCCACUUCGAAUGGGCAGUCCGCGCCAUCCGCGCCGGAAAACAUGUCCUCCUCGAAAAACCAUCGACCUCCAAUGCCAAAGAAGCGGAAAUCCUGUUUAAUCUUCCCGAGCUAUCUGGACCUGAUGCUCCUGUGCUUCUAGAAGCCUUUCACAACCGCUUUCACCCUUCCUGGAACCUCUUUGCAUCUCUGAUAAAGCCCGAGGAGGUGCUGCACAUAAAAACCCACUCCAUGAUUCCUUGGUGGGCAACUUCAAAGUCAGACAUUCAUUUCAACUACAAGCUUUCAGGAGGCACGAUGAUGGCAAUGGGAACCUACAACUACGCAGCCUUGCGUCUCCUCUUUGGCUCUUCACCACUCGAAUGUGUUAGCUGUGACGCAUCAGCCUAUAAAGAUGGCGAGCAUGCAAAUUGCGAUUACGAAUUCAAAGCUACUUUCCGCUUUCCGAAUGGUGCGAUUGGGGAAGCUAGUAGUACUUUGCAGGGCGAGACGAUUUUGAAACCUUCUCAUGUUACUGUUACGACGAAAGAGGUUGUUAUCGCCGAUGCCUCUUUACCUUCUGAUCAGGAAAAGGUUCGCUCGCAGGUUCUCACACUCAAUGGAAUGAUUCAUGGAGUUUUCUGGCAUCGUAUCGACAACACCUCCAAUUUUACCCUUCGCAAUAAAUCAACCCACCGAAUCAUCAGAAGGUGGACGGAGAAUACGACACGCAAAGCCUAUACUUUUGAAGAAGCAGGAGGCGAGUUUGCAGAGUUGCCGGGAGAAGCGCAUUGGAUGUCCUAUCGCUAUCAAUUGGAGGCUUUUGUGAACAAGAUCAGAAGAAGGGAUGUGCAGACUUGGGUGAAUGGAGAAGACUCGAUUGCACAGAUGGAGAUGAUAGAUAUGGCGUAUGAGAAGAGUGGACUCGGUGCAAGACCCAGCAGUGUAUUCCGCUGAGAUUGAGCAUCGCUCGUUAAUAAUACAAAGAGAUCGAGAAGGGCUCGA